AAAUGUAGAUGUUGGAGCCGCCCCCAACCCACCAGCCGACGAGCCGCGCACUAUGCGAGCGUGCGCACGCAGCUCCUGCGCACUCCGCAGCGCACGGACACCUGCGGUCGCAACCACCUCCCAGGACGCAGAGAUGCGCAAGGUGGCGGGCCGACGUCGCAGUUGGUGGCGAUCUACCUACCUACCCCGGUCCCGUCGGGUGGUCCGCCCCUUUCCCUUCCUCCCCACGCCGCCUUCAUUUCGAUCCCCGUCGCCUUCAGUUGACCGAUUGUACGCGCAACAGCGACAUCGCCACCAGCACCCUGCCCGGCCCGAAUCGCAAAUAAACAAUUCCUACUUUUUCCUCCUUUCUUCCGAGAUUUGAAUUCCGCCAAACCAACUACGGGUAGGUCGAUCUCCGCGAUGGGCGAGCCAGGGCUUAAAAGGAGUCAGAUCGAUGGUGGAAUCGGCGAGAGCCAGGGUCUCCGAUGGGGAAGGAGGCGGCGAAGAAGGGCGGCGCCGCUGGGAGGUAUUACGCGGCCAAGGGAGGCGAGAACGUGGGCUGUGGGAAGAGGCAUGCUCUCUUCUGCAACCAUCUGAGGAUGAUUCUGUUUGUGUUCGGACUGAUGGGCUCCUUCUUCCUGCUCGAUUCCCUCAUGCUCACCGUCAUCCAUCACUUCAAUCUCCACCGCCGGGGAUCUCUCCAGAGAAGGCGGUGGAUCGUCCCGCAGAAUGUCAAGAGUGAAAUCCCUACUGAGGAAAGGGCAGAAAAGAUCAUGUACGCACGGCUACUAGCUCUGGCUUCUGCGGCUAUUUCCAAGAAUGAGAUACAUGAUUCAAUCGAGCUAUUUAAGGAACCAAAUAAUCAAACAUCUACUUGGAGAUCUUGUUCUGAUCAGGGAAACCAGAUUCCUCAAGUUGUUGUAGGUCGAACCAGGACACGAUCUGGUUAUAUAUUGGUGAGUGCGAAUGGCGGUCUGAACCAACAGCGAGUUGCAGUUUGUAACGCUGUCGCGGUUGCUGCCCUCCUCAACGCCUAUCUUGUUAUCCCCAACUUCCUGUAUAGCAGUGUCUGGAAAGAUACGAGCCAGUUUGGCGAUAUAUAUCAAGAGGAUUUCUUUAUGAACUAUUUGAAGAAUGAUGUGGAUAUUGUGAAAGAAUUGCCUUCCCACCUUCAAUCACUUGAUAUCGAAGCUAUUGGAAGCUUAAUCACUGACAAUGAUAUCAGGAAAGAGUCUACACCUGAAUAUUUUCUGCGAGUUGUAUUUCCUCUCCUCCUAAAAAAUGGGGUCGUCCAUUUUUAUGGAUUUGGAAAUAGACUAGCCUUUGAUCCUCUACCUUUGGAUCUUCAGAAAUUAAGGUGCAAAUGCAAUUUCCAUGCAUUAAAGUAUGCCCCCAGAAUUCAGGAGAUUGGUUCUUUAUUGGUCAGGAGAAUCCGUAAAUAUAAUUCAAGCCUGAAUAUGUUGGAUGAACACUUAUUUGGGAAGCAUAUGCCUCAUGCUCCAGUAAGGAGAAAUGAUACUUCUACAAGCCCUGUCAAAUAUCUUGCAAUGCAUAUGAGAUUUGAAAUGGAUAUGGUGGCGUAUUCUCUUUGUGACUUCGAUGGUGGCGAAAAAGAGAGGAGAGAAUUGCAAGCAUAUCGGGAAGUUCACUUCCCCACUCUUACGAUACAAAUUAAGAACAAUAACUCCCUUUCUCCAGAAGAGUCAAGAAGCUUGGGGAAAUGCCCAUUGACGCCCGAAGAAGCGGCGAUUAUGCUCACUGCACUUGGUUAUAAUAGUAGGACUUAUAUUUAUCUAGCUGGUUCUCGUAUUUACGGAGGUCGGUCUAGAAUGCUUUCGUUUACAAGGCUAUAUCCAAAUGUGAUCACAAAAGAAGAUGUUCUCACUCCCAGUGAACUUGCUCCUUUCAAGAAUUUUUCUUCACAGCUAGCAGCUUUGGACUUCAUAGCAUGCGCGGCUGCUGAUGUAUUUGCCAUGACUGAUUCUGGAAGCCAGCUUUCAUCUCUAGUGAACGGUUAUCGAAUAUACCAUGGCCGAGACCAUGCUCCGACAAUACGACCGAACAAGAAGAGGUUUGCUCGGAUUUUGUCAGAGAAUAGGACAAUACAGUGGCAUGACUUCGGAGAAAGAGUGAGGAAGAUGGUUCAAGAGAACCAAAGGAUCAUCGCCCGACGCAAAGGUAGGAGCAUCUACAGGUUACCAAGGACCCCCGGGUGUAUGUGCAAAUACUAAAAAGAACUUGAGAUUUCUAUGUUUUUUGAUUCCAUGCUGACACCUCAUUUGUAACUUCUAUUUCCAUACCAUCAAUAAAGGACUAACAAAUUUUUUUUUUCUCUCUA